UCAGUUGCUCGGUAGCAGGCGAAUUGUAAGGAAUAAAACUGAACGGAAUACGCAGAGCAUUGAAUUAGUCUUCGAACAAUAAUAUUGUAGCUCGUAGUAACAAGUACAAGUAGCGAAAUUAAAGCGACGGCAACAAUGUGCGAGAUGAAAGCAUUUGCUUCGGUUUUAUGGUGCUUUAUGCUAGUUAGCAGCACGGCAGCAAACCAAACUCGAAGCCUGGAGGAGGAGCUGUCCAGUGCGAAUAGCUGUGGCAGCACAGAGAAGAUGGUCGACGAUUGCUUCAAGGACCUGCCGCCACAUUUGAUGGAGUUUCUUCAGAAUACGAAAAUUGUCAUCACCAAGCAGGAGAUCAUAGCAAAGUGCAAAGUUUUCAAUCGCGGAAUGCAGUGCUUCGAUGCCUACUCGAAACGUUGUUUACAGAACCGAAAGCUAAUUUUGUAUAAAAACAAUAUCGACGGGGCUCGCAAGUUCUUCAAGAAGUUUUGUGCCGAUGAGGACUUUCAGCGAGAUUAUUUGCGGCACAAGGAUUGCUUUACGUAUAUACAGGUGGAUUGGAUAAGCUGCACCACCGACUUCGAGAACAUACUCACCGAUGAUUUGCAUGACGACAAACGCAACGUUACCGACAAAUUCAUGGAGUUUUGUUGCGCACGUUUCGCAUACGAGAACUGCAUUUACAACAGCGCCCGAUACAAGUGCUACAAGAACUCGGCCAAGUUCGCACGCGAAACCGCCAAAAUGCUGUCAGACGAGAAGCACUUCAGCAACUGCCGCCAUUUGGAGGAUAUGUGCGCCCAUGCCGCACGCGUCUCCCUUAUCUGGAUCAGUCUAUUGCCCGUUGCAUUUGUAAUGGCGCAGCGUUACCUGCCCUGCAUCAUCCGGCAGUAAAUUGGCCUUGGUCUGUUGCUGGUUGUGGUUGUUGUUGUCCAAUUGUAAAUGCAUAGCAUUGAGUUUUUCGGGAAUGGGUGUGUGAUUCUCCUGGGUGGGUACUGGGUCGGACAGCGACACUUGUUAGUUCUUAAGCUGCACAUUAAUCGUUUCCUUACAUCUCUUGUAUAUGUCUAAUGAAUAAAAUUGACCUUAGUUGUGAAACAUCUUCAA